AUGGCUCCAGCAAAGCGCAAGCGAGGUGCUGCACAAACCUCCAAGAAAGCGCAGAAGAAGACUCAACAACAGAAAGCGAAAUCACAGCCCAAUGUCAAGGUCGACGAGACGUUCUCAGAUGACAACGCGAAUGCAACAGGUGCGACUGUGUAUAUUGACGCCAAAGACGUGAUUUGGGAUGCAGCUCUCAAUCAGACCAACAUUGGGGAGUCCUCAACUAACACGCCACAGUUCUACUUCGUCCAGAUCCUUCGGAGCAAGAAUGGCAAACAGUUCUACACUCACACUCGAUGGGGAAGGGUGGGAGAACUUGGCCAAGCCAAGACGGUAGGUCCCACAUCGCUUGAGUCCGCCAUCAAAGAGUUCGAGAAGAAAUUUAAGGACAAGACCGGUCUGGCUUGGGACGAUCGCAACGAGGAUUCCAAGGGCGGUAAGAAAUACACCUACCUGGAAAAGAACUAUGACGACGACGAGGAAGAAGAGGAGACCGACACAAAGCAAGAUGACUCUGUAAAGUCCAAGUUACCCCUUGCUACACAGCGACUCAUUGAGCUGAUCUUCAACGAAAACCAUUUCAAUGCCGCGCUUGAGGAUCUAGGGUACAAUAAGGAGAAGCUGCCGCUUGGCAAGUUGUCGAAAAGCACCAUCAAAACCGGCUUCAAGUAUCUCCAGGAACUUGGGAGCUUGAUCAAGCACCCAAGUCUUGCACAAAACAAAUACCAGCAAACCCAGAAAGCGGCUCUUGAGUCGUUCUCGAACAAAUACUACUCGACAAUUCCACACAUCACUGGCCGCGUGGCACCGCCAACCAUCGAUGAUAACGACAAGCUGCGGGUCGAGGUCGCCAUGCUGGACACCCUCACUGAUAUGAGUGUUGCCAAUACCAUCAUGAAGGCGCGCGACAAUUCUCGUGACGCCGAAUCCGUGGCUCUGAUCGACAAGCGCUAUCAAGAUCUGGGUCUUUCCGAAAUGACACCCCUUGAGCACGACAGCAAGGAAUACAACGAGCUUGCAAAAUAUCUCCUUGAAUCGUCGGGCACCACGCACAAUCUUCGGUAUCGACUCGAAGACAUCUUCCGGGUGGAGCGCGCAGGCGAGAAAGAGCGGUUCAAAGCCUCCCGCUUUGCAAAGGUCAAGGACUCGAACAAGCUCCUGCUGUGGCACGGAUCCCGCACGUCGAACUAUGGUGGCAUUCUGUCGCAAGGUCUCCGCAUCGCACCGCCUGAAGCACCGAUGAACGGCUACGCGUUCGGCAAGGGCGUCUACCUUGCCGACUGCUCAUCCAAGUCAGCCAACUACUGCCGCGCCAGUAUGUCUGGUGGCACCGGACUCCUCUUACUCUGCGAGGCCGAGCUCUCCAACCCCAUGUACGAGAUCAGUUCCGGCGACUCGAAUGCGCAGGAUCUGUCGCAGAAGUAUGGCGCCAUCGCGACCAAAGGAGUCGGUCGGACGGUGCCUCAGAAGUGGAAGGAUGCGGGCUGUGUGCAUAAAGACCUGAAGGGUGUCAAGAUGCCAGACGGACCAGUCGGUGAUAACAAGACUCUCAAGCAGUCGGGCUACCUGCUCUACAACGAGUACAUCGCCUACGAUGUCAGUCAGUUGCGGCUGCGGUAUCUGCUCAAGGUGAGUAUGUGA